AUGGCAACCAUUGCCAGUGACACAAACAAGUCAGCCAGGCUUCUGCUUGCUAGUGCAGCCACAGAUUCUGGCAUCCAACCGCAACAGGGAACAAUGCCCCUUGAACCUGGAGACUUGCAAAACCAGUCGGCGCUCAAGAGCGUAGCCCUCACAGUUCGCUCUGUUGACCUCGUACUGGGCACACUAGCCGAGAAGCUCUUCAGGGCCUGCAUCGAGCGUGUCUUCACCAUUCUAUCGGGCAACUCUGGGCCCAAGGGCCGGGUCCUAGACUUGAGGUUGCCUCUAGAUAUUCUCGGCGAGGAGCUUCUCAGGUCUGAGUCCCUGAAUAUCCUAGCACUCCCUCUUGUCGUGGAUGACUACCGCUAUCUACCCCAUUCUAUGCCCCAUUUGCCACUCAUGUAUCGUGUUGUCGAGGGGAGCCAAGACAUUAUACCCCGAUUACCGGCACCGUCGGUACAGAGGAUUAUGAGGGGCAAGACCAGGACAAGGCUCGCGACUGCAUUUGAGCCGCUUCAAGGAGAGUGGCUCGAGGCCAUGGACGUUGAAGAGUACUUGGAGGACAGGGGAAUCUUUCUACGGGGGGCUGGCUCGAGCCAUGAGGCAGGCAAUCAGAGUUUAAUGCCGGUGACCCAAGGUCUGGCACGAGCUUCGACUGAGGUCGACUAUCAACAGCAGUCAAUACCCGAGGCUGAAAAUACAUCUGCGGAAGGGCAACGUCACGAGCAUGGGGAUUAUUCUGUGUUUGGAGUCCCAACAACCCAAGAAUGGAUCGGCUCAGCCGAGCUUCUUCGACCUCUUGGAACAGGGCUUCAAUCGAUCGAACCAUUGGCAGGACCGUGGACUGAUACUCCUCAGCAGGGCUCUCAGGUGACCUCCCAGAUCAUCAUUGACCUCGACAAGCUCGUGAACCUGCUGGCCUCGACUGCAACAUGUCUAGGGCCUGUACCAGGGAUCCGGAGAGCUGCGGUAGACUCGUCAAUCGCACAAUCUGUAAUUCAGCUGUCGGAGUAG